GAGGCACAACGAGUUCGACGCGUACAACACUUUCCUUUCUCGUCUCCCCCGACUCUCUCUAUCUCUUUCCCAUUUCUCGUCGGCGAUGAUUGGAGUAAAGCUUAAACGAAAACCAUGGGGAACGAGGCAGUGAUCUCCUUUCUUGUAGACCCUCUCGAUCCCUAAUUUUCUCAUCUGUAUCCAAAACCCUAAUCCUAAUUUCCUUCCAUAGAUCGAUCUCGUCGGGGUGAUGGCGGGUUUAUCGUCAUCGUCUUCGUCGUCGCCGUCGAUCAUGGAGUCGCUGUUCCAGCGGAGCCUGGAAGAUAUGAUCAAGGGCCUGCGUGCCCACCCCUUAGGUGAGCCCCUCUUCCUUUCCAAAUGUCUGGAGGAGGCCCGCCGGGAGGCGCGCUCCACCGACCACGACACCAAGACCGCCGCCCUGGAGAAACUGGCCUACGCCCGCUCCGUCCUAGGCGUCGACUCCUCCCCCUGGUCUGAUUUCCACGUCGUCGAGGCCAUGAGCUUUCCCCGCCACGCCCACCGCCGCGUCGGCUACCUCGCCGCCUCCCUCUCAUUCUCCGAUUCUACCGAGGUCCUCCUCCUCAUCACCAACCUCCUCCGCAAGGACCUGACUGGAAAGUCCGAGCUCGAUGCUGCACUCGCCCUCGAGUUUCUCUCCGUGGCCGCCACCCCUGACCUCGCGCGCGACCUCACUCCCGAGGUUUUCGCGCUCCUGGGCUCCGGCAAGCCUUAUCUCAAGAAGAAGGCCAUCGCCGUCCUCGUUAGGCUCUUCGACAGGUAUCCGGACUCCGUCCGUGUGUGCUUCAAGCGGCUUGUCGAGAGUCUCGAUGCAUCGGACGUGCAGGUGGUAUCCGCGGCCAUUGGAGUUUUCUGCGAGCUGGCGGCGAAGGAUCCCCGAUCGUAUCUGCCGUUGGCGCCUGAGUUUUAUAAGGUUCUGGUUGAUUCGAAGAACAACUGGGUGCUGAUCAAGGUAGUGAAAAUCUUCGCGUCGCUUGCCCCACUGGAGAGCAGGCUGGGCAACAAGGUGGUCAGGCCGAUCUGCGAGAUCAUGAGGAAGACCGGUGCAAAGUCUCUCAUGUUUGAGUGCAUUAGGGCGAUAGUCUUGAGCUUUUCUGAGCAUGAUGACGCGGUUGCUUCAGCUGUUGAGAAGAUUCGAGAGUUGCUGCUUGAUGAAGAUCCAAAUUUGACCUAUCUUGGAUUACAGGCGCUUCUGAUUUUGAUGCCGAAGCGGCUGUCCGCCGUCCUAGAGAACAAGGACGCCGUCGUGAAGUCCCUCGAACAUGGAGAUCCCUCGAUCAGGAGGGUGGCACUAACUCUGGUGAUGGGUAUGGUGUCUGAGGACAAUGUAGUUGAAAUUUCGAGGGUCUUGGUGAGUUAUGCCUUUAAAUCUGACCCUGAGUUCUGUAACGAGAUAUUGGGAUCGAUCCUUUCAACUUGCAGUCAGAAUCUUUACGAAUUAGUUGUGGAUUUCGAUUGGUAUGUCUCACUACUCGGGGAGAUAUCGAGGAGUCCACACUGCGGGCACGGGGAAGAAAUUGAGCGACAACUGAUAGACAUUGCUCUCAGAGUCAAGGAUGCUAGAGUCGAGCUGGUUCGUGUUUGUCGGGACCUUCUGAUAGAUCCUGCUUUGCUCGGCAAUCCUCUAAUGGACAGGAUUUUGUCAGCGGCUGCGUGGAUUGCUGGCGAAUAUGUCGACCUCUCAAAGAAUCCGAUUGAAUUAGCGGAGGCAUUACUGCAGCCACGUGCAAAUUUCGUACCACCUGCUGUAAGGGCUGUUUAUAUCCAGUCAGUGUUCAAAAUUUUUGUUUUCUGUUUAUAUUCAGAUUUUAUGCAACCUGAAUCUGCCAAUGAGCUAGAUUCUUGCAAUGAUGGUAAGAUCUCUGUAAAGAAGAAGAAUUUAGAUAAGUUUGCUGCAUUAAGCUUGUCUGAGGAAUCAGUAGAUAAUAAGAUAGAAAUGGACACUGUAAAUUCAGAGGAUAAAUUGGUGCCUGAAACAUCAAGUGCAGUUCUUGAAUGUAUGUUCGAAGAUAGGUUUCCUGUGAAGCUAGGUGGUGGAGAACAAGUUUCUUCAAUGGCUGUGACAGAGAAGGGUAUAUACUCUUGCAAUUCUAUUUUUCAUCUUCUAAAUCUAGUUAGAGGAUCUAUCUCUCCACUGGUGGACAUCGAUCAUGUUGAUGUUCAAGAGAGGGCAAGGAAUGUACUUGGAUUCAUUAAUUCACUGGAGAAAAUUCCUGGGUUUUGUGUAGAGGAAAAUGUUAGUGAAGAUACUUUCUUUGUGCAAAAGAAGGAAAACAAGAGAGCUUUCGAGUUCAUUGAGCUGAUGUAUGGAAUCUUUUUGGAGGAACUUGGUCCCGUAUCUGUCUAUGCCCAACAGAGGGUUCAAGUGCCCGACGGACUUGUCCUUAAGGAAAAUCUUGCUGAUCUGGACAGCAUCUUGGGGGGUGACGUUUCUCAACUUGGCAGCUUCAGAGAUGAGAACAGAGAAAAUAGGGAAUGGGAUGUUCAUCUGUUUAAUUUGCAAAAGAAUGAAGAUAAGAAGCCAACCGAUGAGUCCUCAUCUCUGCUGUCUGAACACAGAAAGCGACAUUUGAUGUACUACCUACCUACUGAAAUAGAACCAUCCGAAUCUAAUGACUACCCACCUGCUAAUAUUAGUCAAUCACUUGGUCAUUCUUCUGAUACUACUAAUGAUCUUGCAAAACUUACGGAGAAGUCAUUAAUAUCAAAGAUGACAAACCGCUCAAAACCACGGCCUCAGGUUGUAAAGUUGGAUGAAGGAGAUGAAGUAAGGAAACCUGCUGCAAGGCGAGGACAGGGUCAGCUUACUUCCACAGUAAAUAAUGUGCAAGAAGGGGAAAGGGAAUCAUCAGUGUCAUCACAUCCAGUGAAUGAUAAAGCAGAGUCAAGUAAAUUCUUGAAUGAGUCAACCAUUAAAAUGGAUAGAAGUUCAACAUUGCUUGGUGAAACUAGCUUGCCAGAAAAAGAAAAAUAUGGCCGUGGAGAAAAGCAUGGAGAUGGAAAUUCAAGUUUGAAAAUGGAUAAGAGUCGUAGCAGGGAUAAAGAUCGGCAUAGGGAUUCUUCCAGGCAUGAUAAGAAAGAUAAAGAAAGUACAAAGCACUCAAGUAAGAGUGAUCGUCAUCGCACAAAGCAUAAGAACCAGCAAAGAUCAAAAAGUCCCAUAUCUGUAGACCCAAAGACGACAGUAAUUCCAGAUUUUCUCUUGUAGAGUCAGCAAAUUUGUGUUAGUUUUCUCUUUUGGUUUUUCCUGUUUGUAUAUUCACCUUUUUGCUUUUUUUUUUUCCUAAGAGUCUUAAGCUUGUUUUUCUUUUGGGGAAUUUCUUUUUUAUUAGGUUUAAUGCCCGGAGCCUGCUUGUGAUAUGUUCCAUUGUCUAUCAGAAAAUUAUUUGUAUACUUACAACAACCUGUAUAUUUUUCUUAAUGACUUCGUAAAUGGAAGUCAGAGCCAAAGAAUUUUUUAGUUCAA